CUCCCCGCAGCAAGUCUUCAACGUGGACGAGACAGGUCUUUUCUGGAAGCGGCUGCCCGAGCGCAUGCUGCUGGCGCUGGAGGGGGCAGCCAGGCCCGGGCCCAACGCCCCUCAGGACCACCUGACCCUGCUGCUGGGGGCCAACACAGCUGGUGAGUUCAGGCUGAAGCCGCUGCUGGUGUACCCCUCCGAGAACCCGCGCGCCCUCAAGGGCUGCUCCGAGGCCAGCCUGCCUGUGGUCUGGCGCGACACCCAGCAUCUUCCAGGACUGGUUCGCCGGCUGCUUCUGCCCUGCGGUGGAGAGCUACUGCGCCAGCCACCGCCUCCCGCACCGGGCCCUGCUGCUCCUGGACGGCGCCCCCUGCCACCCUCCCACCUGGGCAGCCUCUCCGCCCACGUGCAUGUGGAGUUCCUGCCCAAGAACACGGCCCUGAUCCAUCCCAUGAACCAGGGCGUCAUCGCCGCCUUCAAGGCCCGUUACCUGCGCCGCACACUGGGCCAGCUGGUCCGGGAGAAGGCUGGUGUUGGCCGGCCCUCCACGCGGGAGUUCUGGCGCAGCUAUACCGUCAUGACGGCCGUGGACAACAUCGCCCAGGCCUGGGCAGAGCUGCAGCCCGCCACCAUGAACAGAGCCUGGAGGAAGCUCUGGCCCGAGUGCGUGUCCCCUGGCGCUGUGGAGCCCGACGCCGAGCCCAGAUCCGCCGUGGCAUCGGGGCGCUAGCCAGCCACGGGGGCCUCGGGACGUGGUGGAGGCCGAUGCUGCCCGCCUGUUGCAGACCCGUGUGGACCCCCCACCCUGUGGAACCCCCCAGGAUGCUGAGGAUGGAGAUGCCAGCGGCUCUGGGAUGGCCUGGGAGGCAGGGAAAGGCCUGACCGACAGAAGCCUGGAACUGGCUCUCACCGAGGCUGUGGUGGGUGCAGGGCCGGAGGAAGCUGGUGUGGGUGCGCUGAGCUCUGAGCACCCGGCCCAGCCCUGUCCCAUUUCACCGCUGGCCUGUGGGUCCUCACAGAGAACGGUCCCCCCGGGAGCGCCGCCUGCGGGUGUCCCGGGGCGUCCACUGGGCCCUCGCCCCCUCCGGGAACGGCUCCGGGAAAGGAGGCGGCAGGCUCAGGCCGCGGCCUCGUCAGGAGGCCCUGUGGUGCCGGCCCCACGGGAGUUGGCAGGAAGCCCGAGUUCGCCUCAGGUGGGGCCGACUGGUGGGCGAGUGGCUCAGGCCACAGGCCAUGCAGGACAGACCUCGGCAGCUGGCCUGCAUGAUGGGGGGCCUGGGCCUGGUGUCAGAUGACAUUUUGUUUCUGGAGGACAGACACUGCCACUUCUCACCCAUGGUCCUCGUGUCCUGUGCACUGUGGUCUCUCUCUUCCUUUUUUACAGUGACACACAGCCCACCAGGGUUGGGGCACAGGAGAGUGGUUUUCUCCAACUGGCAGGGGCAAUUUGGGCAUGUGUCCUGACCCGGAAUUGAACCUGGGACUCUUCAGUCCACAGACUGAUGCUCUAUCCACUGAGUCAAAGCAGCGAGGGCUGAUUUUUUUUUUUUUUUUUUUUUGAGAGGAAGAGAGAGAGAAAAACAUGGAUUGGCUGCUUCCUGUAUGUGCCCUGACUGGAAAUCGAACUUGCAGCUUUUUGGUGCACAGGAUGACACUCCAACCAACGGAACCACUUGGCCAGAGUAGCCACUGUGGCUUUUGAUACCAGGGUCCACGUCCUGGAUUUGGAGAUGUUUUCCUCCCUGGGCCUCUGUGGCAUGUUGUGGCUUCUCUCCAGCCUUUGUGACGCAUGGCCUCCGGUCCCAGCUCUGGGAGAUCCAGUCCAGUCCUCGGCUCAGUGGCCACCCCAGAACUGCCUCUCAGUACACUGGCUGCAGCCCAGCCUCUCCCCUCAUUCCAGCCUGUUCUCCUGUCCCCACAUUUUAAAAACAGGUGCUCUGGGGUGUCGACCUGACUCUGCAGGCACACCACAUGGGCCACCAGAUUACAGUCAGCAAGGGAAGGUGUUCCCGUGUUCUAGCUGGAUGAGCAGCGGGGGUGCUGGCGUGCCUGCUGUCCGCUCUGCGCUCCGAAGCUUGCCUCGCACGGAAUUGCCCUGCCAGCGGGUCUUAGCGCUUCCCCAGGACCACAGAGCUCCUCCAUCGAGUGCAAGGCUCGCUCUGCCCGCCUCCACCCUCUCAGCCCCCAGGUGCAGCCCUCAAUGCAACGGGGGCUGAACAUGUUUCGUGGACUCGGCAGGUCCUGGUGGCUCAGGACGGCGCAAAAGAAAUGUCUCCAAGCAAAAUCGACCCAGUUUUCAAGGGAAGACAGAAUUCAACCUUGGAAACCUCCAAACACAGAUGAAAACAGGAUUUGGUUUAGCAUUGAAGGACCUUACUAAGAAGUACUCUGACAAGCUAGAAUGUUGUGGAAAUGAAGUAGAGAAGAUAAUUGAAGAAAGAUGAUGCCAAACAAUUGAGCUUGGCACAGGAAAUGAAAAUGGUAAGACAACAGGAAUGGCUAUAAUUGAGGUAUUUUUACCUCCAUGACUAAGAAAAGAUAGAAGAAUCUCUUGGAAACCCGACUGCACAUCACCAGCAGAGACCUGAGGUCUGAAAUAGCCAAAACCUUUGGAUUUCAGAAAUUAUGUCAAAAUUGUCAUAUUUAAGAAAAAACCUCAACUAGGACUAGGUAUGUUAUGGAAAAGUGUGCAGAAUUUUAAAAUAGAGUUAAUCCUAUAUAAUAAAAGGGUAAUAUGCAAAUCGA